UCGAACCUCGUGCUGGAAAGUCAACCAAGUUGGCGGUGUGAUUAAUUGCCGCAGUCUGUUAGUGUUAGCAGCUAGAUCCUAUUUAAGUGUAAGAUCUGUAACUGUGCACAAGUUAAUCUAGCGUCACUUUGUCGAAUWUAUAACGGAUUCUCGGAGAUCCACUGCACAAGCACUCAGCUUCAACUUUAAAUACAGAAUUCUUCCCUUGACGCGCACAUCGCAAAAUCUACAGCAAUGCGUCGCCUAAUUGCUGCAGUGUUUCUAAGUCUGGUCACCGUGAGCUUAUUGUAUACAGCGCAAGCCGAAUUAUCACGAGAUGACAUACGCGGAACCAUGCAGUCACUAGUUUAUUCCUAUAAUCAAUUAGACAAUAAAUUGGAGCGUCACGAGCAUCGCGAAAGAGCGCUUGGCGAGUUAAUUAAACGAGCUCUGCAGACGCUACAAAAAGGACAAAAGAGUCUUGAACCACUAAACGGUAUAUUCGCACGUUUAGAUGAGCGCGUCAGUCAAAUUGAAACGCUCUUGAUAACGCAAGAGGAAAAAUACAACGUGCAGACCGAGAAACUCGGCGAGGCGCUCGAACACAUAUUCAAAUGGAUGCGUGAGAAUGACGAGUGCUACAAGCGACCACCGGUGCCCGCAAUGAUGCCAGCACCAGCGCCAAUUGUCCAGGCUCCAGCCGUAUCACCCGAAUUCAUAAAGGAACAGGAGAAAAUCAAUCAAMAGAURCUCGAGCAAAUCGCGAAAUUGUCUACGAAUGUGGAAAAACUAUUGGACACCUCAAARGAUAUGAUGGAACAGACCGAAGUGGCAUUCAAGAGUGUGCCGUCCACAGCAGAAAUGUUAACUAAAAUUGAAGAYAAAUUGGUUAGUUAUAGUGUCGUAACGCCAGCACCCGUGCCCGAGCCGGUGGACAACUCGGAGUUCGAGAACAAAGURUUUGUGAAAUUCGAUGAACUGGCGACAGGUAUAGAAGAGUUGCGUGCGCAACCUAAGCCACAAGACGGUCUCACAAAUGCAGACAAAGAGUUUAUACAUGGAUUGGCGAACGAAACACUCAGCGCUCUGGAGAAUGUGAAGGCCAGUACGCAGAGCAGCGCAGAAAAAGCUCAAGCGGAAACUGCAUCACUCAUUAAAGAAACCGAACAGAACCUACAGACUGAUGCUGGCAAAAUUUUGGUCGGCGUCAAUACGCAGGCUGAAUUACUACAGAAAUUCUACGACGAAAUGAAYACCAGCUACAGUCAGUUAAAUGAGGGACUUGAAAUUUUCAGCAAAUUCAAUAAUAUUCUCAUGGCAAACUCGGAGUAUGUCUUGGACACACAACGUAAAGUCGAAUUCGGCACUUUGCAGACAGUACAAAAGAUCAACGAUAUAAUUGACAAGCAACGUGAGGAGAUUGUCGAUUUGCUGAAGACACGUUUCGACGCCGUCGACGAGAAUGUCAUCAACACUCAGCUGGAGACAAUGCAAAAUCUUAGCUCCACAAUUGAAACGGAAAUCAGUCACGUUUGGCGGCAAAUUUCCAUUAUGAAUGGCGAGAUUAGCGAAAAUAGAGAUUUACUGACCCUAAUGCAAGGACGUAAUGAGGUCUUUGUCAAUAGCACAUUCCUCAGCAUGGCUACUAUGGGCAAUAAGGUGGAGGAUAUCAAGGACCGCAUGYUGGAUAUGGAUACAAAUUUGAAUUAUCUGUUGGGCAAAUUGUCGGUGAUGUCACAGGAAUUCGGUGCCAUCAAACAGGGRCUCGCCGAUUCGUUAGAGCAGCUGCGMAAUACCUUCCAUGUGAUGCAAGAGAAACUGCCUCCUUCGGGUCCCGGACCGCAUAAUAUUGCCAAAAAUGAAUACGAAACAGAAUUGAAUUUACUGAAUAAACGUCAUGCYGCUGUCACAACGCAAUGAAUGGA